AUGGAUGGCGGAGAUUCACGGGCGGCUCCGAAUGUGCCGCGUGUUGAGAAUUUAGAGACUGCAGCUGCUACCAAUGUAAUGAGUCAAACCUUUGACCAAAUUGUGAAGACUUUAGGGUUGGACGACCAGUGCCUUUCGGGGCCGGAAAAGGAUGAUUCCCAGCUGGACGGUGGUCUUCAUCCGGUGGGCGCCGGAGUUACUGAUGUUCCGGCGAGAAUUGUGGAAGCUCCGGCUGUAUCUGGCCAGGCCGUGAGAGUUAAUACAGUGAUGGUUGGGCAUGUUGGACAGUUAAAUGGGAAAAGAAAACGCGGCAGGCCUCCCAGAGGAACGGCGCCGGCUCCUAAGCCUCAGCCGCCGAAGCCGACUUAUGAGGACGAAGACGUCUGCUUUAUUUGCUUCGAUGGUGGCUCUCUCGUGCUGUGUGAUCGCAAGGGUUGCCCGAAGGCGUAUCACCCUGCUUGUAUUAAGCGGGAUGAGGCAUUUUUUCGAUCUAAGGCGAAAUGGAACUGUGGGUGGCAUAUAUGUAGUGUUUGUCAGAAGGCGUCCCAUUAUAUGUGCUACACAUGUACCUACUCACUGUGCAAGGGAUGCACUAAGGGUGCAGAUUAUGUGUGUGUCAGAGGGAAUAAAGGCUUUUGUACAACAUGCAUGAAAACUAUCAUGCUGAUUGAAAAGAAAGAUACCGGACAGGAAAAGGUACAAGUAGAUUUUGAUGAUAAACUGAGCUGGGAGUACCUUUUCAAAGUGUAUUGGACAUGCUUAAAAGACAGUCUUUCGCUAACAGUAGAUGAGCUAAUGCAAGCAAAAAAUCCAUGGAGGGCACAAAUGAUGGAUUAUAAGCAGCGACCACCUUUGAUUAACCACUCUUUGAAUGGAAGCAUGGUCUCUGUUUCUGUUAGGUCCUCCGAGAAUCUCGAGCUUAAUAUGCCCAAGGAACAGCAUAGGCAAUCAUCUAGUGAUCAUUCUUCUGUAUAUGGAAUUGUAGCUCCGAUUUGUGUUACGGUCUCUGAAAAUUCUGAGCUGAACAUGCCGUCUAAGCAACAGUCACCUGGUCAUAAUUAUUCUGUAAAUGAAAACAUGGUGUCUACUUCUGUCGGGCCCUCUGAAACUUCAGAGCUAAAUGUGUACAAGGAACAGCAUGUCCAGCAAGUGCCUGGUUCUAAUAAUUCUGCAAUUGAAAAGCUAAGCAGUGAUAACAGUGAAAAGUUGGCUGAAUCCAAGGAUUGGGCAUCUAAAGAGCUUCUGGAGUUUGUCUCUCAUAUGAAAAAUGGGGAUACCUCUGCGCUGUCUCCAUUUGAUGUUCAAUCUUUGAUACUGGAGUAUAUAAAGAGAAACAAUCUUCGUGAUCCUCGUCGUAAAAGCCAGAUCAUCUGUGACAUAAGGCUGAAAAAUCUUUUUGGAAAACCCCGCGUCGGUCAUAUUGAAAUGCUGAAGCUUCUUGAAUAUCACAUUCUCAUAAAAGAGGAAGGUCAGAACAACGGUUUUAUUCCAGCGGGGAUUGUUGGCAGUGUUGCAGAUAAAGUAGGAGCUGAUCAGAAUUCUAAUCUUCUGAUAGAUCAAAACAAGAAACGUAGGACUCGGAAAAAGGCUGAAGAGAGAGCACCUCAGACUAAUCUGGAUGACCUUGCUGCUAUUGAUGUUCACAACAUUAGUUUGAUUUACUUACGGCGUAAUUUGGUGGAAAGUCUUGUUGGAGGUGAUGAGAACUUCCGUGAUAAGGUGGUUGGUUCUAUUGUUCGGAUAAGAGUUUCUUCUAAUGAUCAAGGGCAAGAUAUAUAUAGGCUUGUACAAGUUGUAGGCACAACUAAAGCAGCUGAACCUUAUAAACUUGGUGAUAAGACAACGGAUUACAUGCUUGAAGUCCUGAACUUGAACAAGAAAGAGACUCUACAAAUUGAUGCUAUUUCCGACCAAGAUUUUUCUCCGGAGGAAUGCAGACGUCUUCGUCAGAGUAUAAGAUAUAAGCUUGUCAAGCUGUUCACUGUAGGCGAGAUACAAACGAAAGCUAUCGCUCUUCAGGCAGUGAAGCUUGAUGAUAUGCUCGCUGCAGAAAUAUUGCGUUUUAAUCAUCUGCGUGAUCGAGCUAACGAGAAGGGACAAUAUGUGGAGAAACUGCAGCUACUCAAAACGCCUGAGGAACGUCAGCGUAGACUAACUGAAAUUCCUGAAGUACAUGCUGACCCCAAAAUGAAUCCGGAUUGUGAAUCUGAGGAAGAUGAUGUGGGUGGCAAGGAUAAAAAUCAAAAUGAGGUUUCUAGGGCCAAGCGUCCUAAAUUUCACAAUAACAGAAGCCGGCCAAUAACUUCAAAAAGAAAAGUCGAAGAGGGGACUAAAAAGGCUCAUAAUCCAAAUGAGAAUUGGAACACAAAGCAUGAGAUUCAGGUUACUGUUAAUGGACCAGAAAGUGAGUGGAGUAAUAAAGCAAUAGGAAAAGCUUCAAAUGCUAGUGUCUCAUCAGGAGGGUUGUCUGCUAUUGGUAUUAGUGAAAUGGACAAAAUGUGGCAUUAUCGUGAUCCAAAUGGUAAAGUUCAAGGACCAUUUGCCAUGAUGCAGUUACGGAAGUGGAGUACAACUGGAUACUUCCCAGCUGACAUGAAGAUAUGGUCUAUUGAUGAGCUAAAUGAGUCCAUGCUUUUAACUGAUGCACUUGAUGGGCAGUUUUGUAAAGCUCCAUCACUGGAGAAGGUCCCCUGUUUACAAGAUACUAGUAGACCUCCUUCUAGUAAGCAUUCUUUCAAUCUUGAGCAGGCUGUUGAACAGCAGGUAAGCGGAUAUGAAACGAAGGAACUUAAAUCUGCCUUAGAUCACAGUAGUCAUAAUUCUUGUGCCCCUACAAUGCAUCACAUAACAAGUGGAGAUAGUCUGGAGUCAUCAAAUGGUCCGAUUGAUGCAAGGCAGUCUUCUGGACAAAAUUUGAGGCCUUUCUUAUUAAAUUUAGAUUUGAAUCAGAAGGACUCUAAUUCUGGCUUGGCUGCUAUAGCCACUCCUCCAAAUGAUACGGCUGAUGGUGCUGCUGAUAUGUUAGAUUUGCCAAGCCCUACUCCGAGGACAUUCCAUGAAAUUUUGGCAGGUCAAUCUAUUCAAAAGAAAGAAACAAAGUUAGAUGUCCCUGUACAGGGUUCCGUGAGAUCUGGCUUACCAACUCCCAUACGAAAGCUAAUGGAUGAAGCUCUUUCAAGUCCUGCAUCAGGAGAAAAACAAGAAAACUUACUAAGUACGACAACAAAACCAAUGGAAGUGGUCUUGCCAUGUACUUCACCAAAGCCUACUGAUGAUUAUCAGGGAGAACAGCCUGUUGAAAACAAUCAAUCAGUAUUGAAUAAAGUAUCGGUUCCAGAUGCUGGCCCUAGCUGGAGUGCUAGCCUGGGGAUUGGGGGGUCUCAGCUUCAUGAAGUAGCUCAUCAGUGGCCUGGAUACCCCCCUGCUGCGUCAAAGCCUUCUGACGAGGGAUGGGGUUCAGGUCUUGUAUCUAUGGCUUCUGUAAAACCCACCGAAAUAUUGGAUGAUCAAGUUGGUAUUCCAAAUCUAAAUAUCAAUCCACUAGUGCAUUCGUCUACUUCACAUCCUCCCUCACAUAUAUCCAGCUGGCAAGCAGGUGUCCACGAGCCAAUUGAGUUCAGCACUUUGGCGGAGGAAUCAGUGUCAGAUCUGUUGGCUGAAGUUGAUGCCAUGGAGUCUCAAAGUGGCUUGGCAUCACCUACUUCGGGAAUGAAACUUAAUGAUGAACUGAUUGAUAAUUGUAGAAAUGACUGUUUCAGCUCCAUUGAGGAGUUGAGCCCAACUCCUGAUGCUGGCAAAAGUGAUGCUGUGAGCUCUGGAGAGGUGCAGUUUCCCUCACAAUCCCCAGUUGUAGAUGAUCCAGGUGUGGAUUCUCAGGCCGAUGUAUUUGAUCCUUUGAGAAGACCUGAUGGCAAUUCUGCUACUAGUAGUGAGCGUGAAACCAGGUCUACUAAUGUUCCCCCUAAUCCAAGGGAAUCUGGUGCAAAUAUCCAUCCUCCUGAAGGAUGCACCACUAGUCAGAGCAUGACGCCAACACCAAUGACCCGGGGUCGGAAUUUGGAACCCUUGGACACUGGCUGGCCUGGAUUGCAGGCAAACAUGAAUAUGGGGUGGGCAGGUUCGCCACAAGGUUUUCCUAACAUGGGUUGGGGAGCUGCCAUGGGAGGACCAUGGGUAAAUCCAAAUUUCAAUCUUGGUGCUUAUGGUGCAGGUAUAGGGUGGGACAGCCCCCGUAGUAGAUAUGGGGCUGAGAGGUUUUCGAGCCCUAGAGACUGGGGAUACCAGGGAGGAGAAUCAGGAUACGGCAGGGGUAGGCCAAUGUGGGGCAGGCAGCCACAUGGUGGUGGUGGUGGAGGGGGUGGCAGUAGUAGCGGAGGUGGAUAUUCCAGGCCACCUCCCAAAGGACAGCGAGUUUGUAAAUUUUAUGAAAGCGGGCAUUGCAAGAAAGGAGCAUUGUGCGAUUACCUCCAUCCUUGA